AUGUCAUAUCCUCAGCUCGGAUACCCCUACCCGUCGGCACCGCAGUUCCUGAUGGCCACCGGUUCCUUGACCUCCUGCUGCGAGCCCAGCGGCAGGGCUGUGCCGGAUCCGGCGGUGGUGCCAUCCUCUCCCCAGACCGCAGUCUACUGCCCGGUCUAUGAGAGCAGACUGCUGGCCACGGCCCGGCGCGAGCUCAGCCCCGCCGCCACACUCGGUCUCUAUGGAAACUCGUACCCGGGCAGCCAGGGCUACGGGAAUUAUGUGAAUUAUGGAAGCGACGCGUCCGCUUUAUACUCCUUGAGCGCACUUGACGCGAAGGACGGAGGCGCACCGGCGGCUGCGGGAAUCCCUCAGUCUGCGGGUUAUUGCCCCUAUGACCCCGCUCUGGGCCACUACCAGUACGACAGAUAUGGCUCGAUAGAUGCAGGGGCACGAAGAAAAAAUGCUACACGAGAGACAACUAGUACCCUCAAAGCCUGGCUCCAGGAACACCGCAAGAACCCCUACCCAACAAAAGGAGAGAAGAUCAUGUUGGCCAUCAUCACCAAGAUGACCCUCACCCAGGUCUCCACCUGGUUCGCGAAUGCCAGGAGGAGACUCAAGAAGGAAAAUAAAAUGACAUGGCCUCCUCGAUCUAAGGGUUCUGAAGAAAAAGGAUAUGAUGACGAUGAAGACGAUGAGCGGGAUGAGAAAAUCAAAAGAGAAGCAAAAGGCGAUGAAUACCAAGACCGCAGACAUAAACACCUGCAGCUUAAUGAUUUGGAGAACUUCAAUUCCAUUGAGUCUGAAAGUUCUGAAUGCAAUAUAAAGCAUCAGUAUCACAUGAACUCCCACAUGAGGACAUCAGAUUUCCAGGGUGAUGGUGUCAAAGAAACGACCCCUGCAGUUUGCCUCGAGGCUAAUGAGGACUUGACCAAAGCCUGCCUCAAAAGGACACCGGAGACCUGCGAACACAACGUGAACAACGAAAGUCUGCCAAAAACACUUUACCUGGAAGAAAACCAAAUACUAGAGAACAAACCAAAAAUUUGGUCACUUGCACAAACUGCCACCUCUUUGAACCCAAGUGAAUAUCCUUCAUGCAUGCAUAAAUGUCCAUCAUCUCUAGAGUUACCCUCCUCUACAAACAACAUGGACAGGCAACAGGACUCACCGGUUGCCACCUUAAGGAACUGGGUGGAUGGGGUCUUCCAUGACCCCCUCUUCAGGCACAGGUCUUUGAAUCAGGCUUUGGCCGACACCGCCGCCUCUUGGGCAGCACACAAAGCUGACCAAUGUGUAAUCGGACAUUCGGUGAGAAACAACGCAGUAAAAGAUGUGACUUCCUUACCACUCCAAGAAUCAAAUAAAGACAGUAUGGCAUUUUCCAAAAUGGGGAGCAAAGUGUUCUGCUCUUAG